UAUUGGUCGAGUUAUUCAUUGUCCAUUUGUCCUACUUUUAAAUUACAUUCCGCGAUGUUAAUUCGAAUAAUAUUUUAAAAAUUCAUUUUUAACCAAAUGCUAUGUGUAUAGCACCGUUUACUAGUCAUUAAUAACGGAACAUACAAUUGUUGUUUGUUUUGGUAGUCUGAUACACAAUCGACGUUAAUUAUAGUCUGUAUACUCAUUUGCGAAUAUGUUAAAAUACACGUCCUAUCGACCUACACAGUUUUAUUUUAAAAGUUUUUAGACAACAGUAAACAGUUGUUGACUUUGAUAGUCUGCUUUUUGGUUUGGUUGGUUAGAGUGUUCAGUGAUAUUUAAUCAAGGAAAUAUUUACAUUUUACAAUGAACACACCAUUCGAAAUGGAGAAAUGUCCUUGGGAUCAAUCUACUUAUGUUGGACGAUGGAAUUAUUACUUUUGGGUAACAAAUCCUAUGCUAUGUUUGAAAACUGAUGAAGAGCUUGAAAAAGCCAAAUCUCUACGUUCAUCCUAUCUAAAUGGUACACUUCCACCUGGGACAACUACUGAACAAUUGUUAGCCGCCAAACAGAUCUAUGAAAGUUCAUUUCACCCAGAUACUGGACAAAAACAAAAUGUAUUUGGUAGAAUGAGCUUCCAAGUCCCCGGGGGUAUGGCUAUUACUGGAGCAAUGUUGUCUUUUUAUAAGACUGUACCAGCUGUAGUGUUUUGGCAAUGGAUUAAUCAGUCGUUCAAUGCUUUGGUCAACUAUACCAAUCGAAAUGCCAACUCUCCCCUGAGUCAAACUCAAAUGGCUACUGCUUACGGUUCAGCAACAAUAGCUGCUUGUGUGACAUCCAUAAAAUUCAAACAAUACUUAACCAACAAUGCUUCACCUUUUUUUCAAAGAUAUGUUCCAUUUGCUGCGGUUGCAGCUGCAAAUUGUGUGAACAUACCAUUGAUGCGCCAGACUGAAUUGUUAAAAGGUGUAGAUGUUUAUGAUGCCGAUAAAAAUAAAGUUGGCUGUUCAAAGUUAGCUGCUGCUAAAGGAAUAUCUCAAGUAAUAGUAUCAAGAAUUGUUAUGUGUGCACCUGGAAUGGUAUUGCUGCCUGUCAUUAUGGAAAAACUUGAAAAUAAAAGUACAUGGUUCAAGCGUAAUACAUGGAUUCAUGCUCCAUUUCAAACACUUGCUGUUGGUUGUUUUUUGAUUGGUAUGGUGCCAACUGCGUGUGCCCUAUUUCCUCAGUUCAGUUCCAUUAAAUUAAGUACAUUGGAGAAAUUUGAGAAUGCUGCAUACUGUGACAUAGUGAGCAACUGCAAAAAUCCUCCAGCUAUUGUGUACUCCAAUAAAGGACUUUAAAAUUACAAUCUCAUAUUUUAUUGAUAGUAUCUUUAAAAAUAUACUCAUUAGAUUUACUUAUAUAUUCUAAAAUAGUUUUUAAAAAAAAUCAGUAUUGUUAAACAUUUAGGGUCCACAUAAUCACUAAAAAAAAUUACAGGAUACUGAUAUUUGGUAUGCUAGAAUUUUUGAUUAUACUGGAUAGUAAAAAUAUAUAUAUGACAGCAUUAUAUAAUAUUCUAUUUUUACUGACAUAUUUGUUUGCAUAAUUAUUGUCCGAUUAAUAUCUCAUGUUUUUUUUCAUAUGUGUUAAUUUUAAUAUUUAU